ACUGUGGCAACGAUAUUCACCACUACAAACACCUGCAAGCUAUCUUUUAGUUACAGGUUAUCUUGUGUUGAAUUUACAAAAAAAUGGAUUCCGGUCAAUUUGUUCACAAAAUAAAUUCAGACAUUCCUGGGAUCAGUCUGAGAGCAGCACCUAAAACCUUUCAGGAGGUCCGUGUUAAAAGUCUGGACCUCAGUAAAGUGAUCCGUCUGCUCGAGGAUCCCUUGACUACAAACCUAAAGGAGAGGAACCUUUUUGUCUUGAAGAAGCUACUGAAGAGAAACCAGACGGGCUUCCUUCUGAGGGAGCUGACAGACAUCUGUAAAAUACUCAACAUGUGUGCUGAGAAAGCCACGGCUCAGCCUGAGUUUACAUCAGUUCUGUGUGAAGCUCUUCAAAUCUGCAGACUUCCUUUCCUGAAGGAGAGAACAUCUGAUGAGCUGAGGUUCUCUCAGGACGUCACACACUUCCUGUCACACACAGCUCGUCUGAUGAAGGUGCCACACGUUGAAGUGAGGCGGUGUGUUAUUGAGUCUGUGAGGUCCUGCUUCGUCUCUGCCACUCCCAGGAAACAAGUCGACGGACUCCAGCCCGUCUCUCCAGGGUUCCGGCUGCAGCAGCUGGAGCUCAGCGACGUCCCGGAGACGCUGCUCCUGUCCACGGCAGCGGUCCAGGACCAGCCGGCCGUCAGGCUGCAGCUGCUGCAGACGCUCCAGCUCCUGUCCAGCUCCUCCGACAGGAACUGUGCUUCGAUACUGCGUGCACGAGGAGCCCGGACCAUCUGUCUCCACAUGAACGAGCCCGACCCGUCCGGGCAGGUUCUGUUCCUGUCAGCUGAGAUCCUCUGGAACCUGCUGGAGGUGGGCAGCCUGGAGGAGGUGAAGGCUCAGCUCAGCACCAUGGAGUGUGUCAUCUUUGCAGAGAAGAAGAAGUCCUGAUGUUUCUGCUGAGGCUGCUGGAGCUGCCGGGUCCACCUCAGCAGGAGGAGCUGCAGGUGCAGGAGGAGCUGCAGGUGCAGGAGGAGCUGCAGGUGCAGGAGGAGCUACAGGUGCAGGAGGAGCUGCAGGUGCAGGAGGAGCUGCAGGUGCAGGCCCUGGUCAUCCUCAGUUGUUUGGCUCCACUCCUGUUGGUGGACUACAUGUCCUGUCAGGGAAACAUCUACCUGCUGGUCCUGCUGGACCGGUGCACUGAGGCAGAUGGUCUCCUUGGUGGGGGUACCAGAGGAGGAGGAGGCAGUAGAAAGGCUCUGAUGAGAUGCUGCAUCAGAACUCUGAGGUCCAUCACAUCUCUGGCUGACCCGUCUAUAAACCAGGACCUGUGUGACCAGGGGGCCAUCAGCCAGCUCCUGGGUGUUUUGAUCCAUUUGGAAGCGAGUUCAGAGUUGGAGGAGGUUCUGAGGGUGGAGAUGAUGUGUGACGUUCAGCUGAUCCUUUCAGAGCUCUGUGAGACAAACCUGCACCACCAGGAGCUGUUCGGCUCACACGGAGCUCAGGUGUUGGUGGACUUCCUGAAGAAAGGCUCGGAGAGGUUCUGCAGCGGUUUGGGACACGACAGGCUGCUUCUGUGCACAGUCGACUGUGUUUGGUCCUGUGUGGUGGGCUGUUCCUCCGCAGAGUUUUACUUCUUAUCUCAGAAAGGAGCGUUUCUUCUCCUGGACCUGCUCAGAAYGGGUCCUCGGUGCGUCCACAGCCCCCUGCUCUCCACCCUGCUGGGUCUCUGCCAGAACCCGGACUCCCGGUCUCAGGUCCUGAGCUGGAGGGACGCCGACGGUCAGACGGCCCCCCGGCUCCUGCUGCAGCUGUGGAGGGAGGAGGAGGAGGAGCUGGGAGUCCUCCGAACCCAGCGAGGAUUGAUUCAGGACCCCAGAAAGCCCCUCCUGACUCGUUCCCAUCAGGACGCCGGCGGUCCGUCACUUCCUGCUGACGCUCCGAGCGCCGCCGUGCUGGAAGUAUCAGAGAACCUGCGAGCAAAGAUUUACUUCAUCCUCUGCAGUUUGGGUUUUCUGGAGCUUCCUGGACUUUCAGCAGCAGAUUCUGUGACUCUGAGCGUCGUGAGGAGAUACCUGGACUUCAAGGUCGGUGAGGUUUGGGCCGAGGUCGGAGCGGAGCUGACCCUGGACGACGUGAGACCCAUCAGCCCCGACCGGGACGCCCUGAGGUCCGUCUGCGAGACCACGGAGGACACGGCGAGGAGGACCGUGGUGGAACAAGCUGACAUCCUGCAGCUGCGGCAGGAGGAGGAGCUGAGUGAGGAGCUGCUGCUCUACCAGGAGGUGCUGCGAGGAGAAGCUCUGCAAGCAGCACGGAACACGUCCUCACGCUCCGGAUCUCUGAUCAGAACCGGACCGAAACGCAGAACCUGAGGUUCUUCAGCUGCRUCACUGACCCACGUCCAAAACUUUGUUUUAGUUUUUAAAAACAUCGAGAUUAAAAAAAGUGUUUGAUUCUUCA